AUGUGCUGGGCAAUAGUAUGUUCGGAGGCGGUUGCAGCGGGUCGCAAACUAAGGGGAGAAAUAGAAACUCUUCUUCUGGAGUUAGCGUCCCAAGAGUUACUUGAUUGUUGCGAACGAGAGAAAAAGGAGUGUUAUACAUAUUCCUUGCAGAAAACAUUCCAGUGGAUUGAGACGAAUGGAAUUCGGAAGGAGGUGGAGUAUCCGUUUAUAGCCGAAAAAUGUGACUGUAGGCCAAAAAGUAAGGAAGAGAGUGCAAGUGCUGUCAGGAUCAAAGGAGUGGUAAAAGUGAAUCCUAGAGAUGAGGUUGAGCUUCUAAAGGCGGUAUGGAUGCAACCCAUAGCUGGAGCAAUAAAGAUAACAAAAGAGUUCAAUGCUCUCAAAGGGGAAAUUUAUGAAGGUUCGACUAAUUACUCGCUAACAGCCGAAGGAAAACCUCGAAAGCAUGCUAUUUUGAUAGUGGGAUAUGGGUAUGAUGAAAAGGAAGAAAAGGCUUACUGGAUUAUCAAGAACUCUUGGGGGACAGAGUGGGGAAUUAAUGGAUAUGCAAGGAUUGAUAGGUCCUCAUCUUUAUUAUUUGCAACUCAAUAUCCAAUUUUUGAGUAG